GCGAGCAGCCUACCCCUUUCAUUACAUUUUAAGCCUUCUCGUGAAACUGUGAAAUCUUCCUGUCAAAAAGCAAGGGAUUUUAUCUAGUCAAGUUUGAGAUAGUAAACGAAUCGAAUCGGGAGGGAAUGGUCUCUUACUUGAUUGCGAUGAUGACCAUAUCCUGGUGCCUCUAUUCUGGAUUGGACGCGAUGCAGCGGCAGCCGUCAUCGGAAAUUGAAAAUCGAGAACUUUACAUUGAAAUACCUUCGCCAAACUUCCAGCGGCCAACCAUGUACACCUGUCAAACUUCCAGACGGCAG